AUGUGGGUUUCAUCUAUAACUUUAUGUGGGAAUCCCUUACUAAAAAUAGCUGGAUUACGUGCCGAAACGUUGGAUCUAGUUGAAGAGAUUCUUGACGCUCUUAAGCAGUCUUCUAUUCGCUCUCGUUUUAGCACAAGAAGCUAUCCGGGCGAUAUGCUAGCUGGGCCGUCAAGCGGCCUGCACCUCCAUCUUUCUACUAUUAACCUUAAUGGUGAACGAGCGUCACCGGAGGAUUUUCUUGCUGGCAUUCUAAACCACAUGAGCUCGCUCUGUGCGUUUGAAAUGGCAAACUAUGACGGCUAUGUUCGUUCCGUCGGCGAUGCUGCGGGCGCAUGGAUUGGCUUUGGCACCGAUAACCGAGACUUGCUGGUGCGGAAGAUCAACGACUGGCAUUGGGAGUUCCGUACGAUGGAUGGCACUGCAAAUCCCUACCUAUUCGUCGCGGCUGUCUUGCUUGCUGCUUUAGAUGGGCUUGCAAGGAAAACGGAGUUGGUUUGGAAGGAUUGCAAGGUCUUUCCACACUUGAUGGACAAGAGAAUGCGGGUUGAAUACGGAAUAAAUAACAGCAUGCCGGCCACUCUGAAAGAGGCGUUGUAUUGUUUAAGGAGUGAUGCUGUUAUAAUUGCCUGGAUUCCAGCGGACUUUCUGACGUGGUACCUAUCCGUCGUGGAUAAAGAGGUCGAGAAGGUUGGGAAAAUGACCGAUGGGCAGAGACGGCUUCGGUCCUUGGAGGAUUUUUGA